UCAGUUUGUUCGGAAUUUCUCCCAGCCUUCUAUCUAUGAUCCAUACGAUUAAAUUUUGUGGCAGAACAUCCCUGGUCCCUGCAGACUGGAUAUUUAACGAAAAUACGACUCAUCUCGUCUUUAAAGCUCUUGGCAAUGUCGAGAAUUCGUCAUUGAAGACGCUAAGAUUCCUCAACUGACAGGCAUUAUUUCCCUCUCUUCCGUUUUCCCAUCCCAGCCACACAUAAAGCGUCUCACCUUUGACGCCAUGAGUAUAAAAAGUGCCGACGACUUUUACACCUUGCUAUGCGCCUUUCCCUCUGUCAAAUAUCUAACUUUCGGUUUCGUUUCGUUUCCUCAAUCGAUACUGGCUGCUUUCCCUUCACCACCGCAAGAAUUGCGUCUCGAAACAUUGGACCUCCGGUUCUACUAUAAUUUCAUUCAUUCAGCGAUGCCAUUCCUACAAGAAGGACUCUCAGAAAUUCUCGAGGACUUGAAGCACCUGCGCGUUGCACACAUGACGAAUCGCGAGCUUCAGCUCGUCAAACUUAUUCUUUGUCAAACCCGCGAGUCCCUCAUCAGCGCAUACAUUGGCCCUAUGAUGCUUGGCAACGCUGAAUCUCAACAGCACACCAAUGACCCCAUCCUUCUUCUAUCUCUUAGUCAUGUUAAAUAUCUGACAGUCGUCAUCGGCGAAACCGAUCCGUAUACCUCUACUCAAAUACUGGAUAGAGACCUUCUAGAGACCUUCUCCACAGAUGACGAAAACUUCAAGUUGAAGGAGUUCACAACAAAUCUGAAGGUUCACGUCGAACGAUCAGAUUCCUCUUUAUCGGCAUCUUUUCCCUCAGUGGCGCAGUGGUCAGCACUGGACGCUGCCCUUUCCCGCUCUCAAAUGAAGGAACUUUGCGGAGUCAACCUAAACCUCACCGUCGACUCAGGGUCUGGAUAUGAUCCCCAAUUGGAGACCCUCUUCGCUCGCGUGAGGGGUAUAAUAGAGGAUAGUUGCAAAUCGUUGAUGAGUCGUGAUCUCCUACGAAUUUCUAAAUACUGCAGCGAUAUCGAAAGCGCCACAUUCUCUAAGAAAGACCGUUAAGACGGUCUCCAAAUUGACGUUGAUCGCGGGACAGACAAUACGGACGUGAUGUUGGCAGAGUCUGUCAGCCUGGAGAAGUAUCGUCCAAAUGUGAUCUCAUACCGCCACUCAGAUGCCAGUGAGCGGGAAGAAACUCGAGCGCCACUGGAAACUCUAUCCAUCUUCUGUGGCAAAGAUGAACAGUUUGCGUUCAAGCGUGUAUUCUCAAGGUUGGUGGAGAUGACGAAUCCUGCAUAUAAUGCACGCUGGGGACCUGGGGGAAGGACCUGGGAAGGAAGCAGUGUGGUAGCUGGUUAUGGAGGGGCAUAUCGUUCUAGCGAGCUCCAGUUUCUACCUGGUACAGUUGCCCAGCACAUCAAGGGAGAGGGUCCAUUGGGUGGCAGAGAGGCACUGGAGUGUC